AUGACAGAUGCAGGUGAUGGCGCGCAGACGAUAAGGCGCCUGCCGACCAGAACCCAUUCCAACUUCGCAGCCCGCACAGCACGGGACGACAACGAACGCCUGCACCGACGUUCUUUUGCACAGCACUCACCCCCUGCUGACGAGGACACUCCGCUUCUCCAUGGAGAUGCUCAGCAGCCACCGCCAGAUGGCCUUUCCUACCAUGGAGCCAUCGCUGAUACGCAAGAGACGGUCUCCCAGCAAGAAUCAUUCAAAUCUUGGUUCAGGAGAUUGAGUCGUUCGCUGCCCACGCUCGGUGGCACAUCAUCGAGUCAACAUGACAAGCAGCACUCGGCCAGUGAAGCUUCAAAACCACGGCCAGGAGCUUUUCCAAGGCCAGUCGGUGGUCAUGGCAAGCUGGGUACCUUUGCAGGUGUCUUUGUGCCUGUGACCCUCAACGUCUUGAGCAUUCUCAUGUUCUUGCGCUUCGGCUUCAUCCUGGGACAAGCCGGGCUGAUAGGCAUGAUGGGUAUGUUGAUGGCUUGCUACGCCAUCAACCUUCUGACAACCAUGUCUAUCUCUGCAAUUGCAACGAAUGGUACAGUCCGUGGCGGUGGAGCAUAUUACCUAAUUUCGCGAUCCCUGGGUCCAGAAUUCGGUGGAGCCAUUGGUAUAGUCUUCUAUCUCGGAACGGUGUUCAGUACUAGUCUGAACGCUGUCGGAUUGGUCGAUUGCCUCAUGGUCAACUUUGGUGAACGCGAGGGUGCAAUGGGCCAAUGGGUACCACAGAGCUACUGGUUCCAAUUCCUCUGGGCUACCAUCGUCCUUGCUAUCUGCACGCUCGUCUGCCUGGCAGGGAGUGGCCUCUUUGCGCGUGCCAGUAAUGGCUUACUUAUCGCCUUGCUCGUUGCCAUUGCCAUCUGGACACCUUCCGUAACAAUUUACUUCCUCACUUUACCAAAGGCGCUGCUGGCAGCGCUGUCAAGGGACAUGAGAGCUUUCAAGAUCUCUUUGGCAUUCUGUUUCCUGCAACGGGAGGAAUUCUUGCGCGAUUUGAAGCACCCUAGCAAAGCCAUCCCCAAGGGAACUUUGUACGGGCUAGGACUGACUUUCUUGCUUUAUACCAUGGUUAUAUUUGCCCUCGCAGCAUCCAUAAGUCGCGAAACCUUCUACAAGAACACAAAUGUGAUCCAGCUUACAAACAUAUCUGGCAUCAUCAUUCUGCUCGGAGAACUCGCAACGUCACUCUUCUCGGUGCUCAUGGGCGUAAUCGGAUCUGCGAAGCUAUUACAAGCACUCGCUCGUGAUCAUCUCAUUCCUGGACUGUCCAUAUUUGGACAGGGGACGAAGAAGGCGGAUGAACCUAUAUUCGCUGUGUGUAUCACGUACAUGAUUGCGCAGGUUACCAUGUUUGCCGACAUUAAUCAGAUCGCCUCGUUUAUUACGAUGACUUACCUAAUGACCUUCCUCGUCACCAACCUCGCUUGCUUCCUGUUGAAGCUUGGGUCGGCACCGAACUUUCGGCCUUCGUUCCAUUUCUUCAGCGUACAGACGGCUGCUCUUGGAACAGUAGUUUGUGGUGCAACCAUGUUCUUUGUUGAUGGUGUUUAUGCUUCUGGCUGUGUGGUCUUGCUGAUGGCAGUGUUUAUGCUAAUUCACUACACAAGUCCGCCCAAACCAUGGGGCGAUGUCAGCCAAGGCCUCAUAUACCACCAAGUUCGCAAGUACCUACUACGGCUACGCCAAGAGCAUGUCAAGUUCUGGAGGCCGCAGAUCCUGCUUCUUGUCAACGAUCCGAGACGGCAAUACAAGCUGAUUCAGUUCUGUAAUUCUUUAAAGAAGGGCGGUCUCUUUGUCCUUGGGCACGUUAUCGUAACGAACAACUUCGCCGAGGCUGUACCAGAGGCUAGAAGACAACAACAAUCUUGGACCAAAUACAUUGACUUCUCCCGGAUCAAAGCUUUUGUCAACAUUGCGAUUUCCCCUGCGGUAGAGUGGGGUGCUCGCAAUCUUGUCUUAGGCGCUGGACUCGGUGGCAUGCGACCAAAUAUUGUUGUCAUGGGAUUUUACAACCUGCCUGAACUAAGGCAAAAUCAGCCAUAUAAUCAUAUUCCUUCUCCUCAGCCAUCGAGACCGUCCAGCAAGGCCACCAACCAUUCAACAUCUCGCAAAGCGAUCCAAGCAGCAGCCAGGCAGAGACAGAAAGGUCAUAGCCAAGGCACGCUACCUACCGAUGCAAUGAAACCAGAGGACGCUAUCGGAAUCAAGAGCUAUGUCACAGUCGUCGAAGAUUUAGUUCUACGGCUGCAAGCGAACGUUGCUGUGGCGAAGGGCUUCCAUGAGCUUGAAGUUCCCACAGCGAGGCCCAACAUGUCAUCAGAGAUUGGCACCGCCGGAGAUGAGCCGAGUCGGAAGAAUGUAUUGACAACUAACUUUGAUACAUACACUUUGAUCCUACAGCUUGGGUGCAUACUGCAUACUGUGCCAUCUUGGAAGCGCAUGUAUAAGCUGAGAGUCUGCGUAUUUGUAGAGUACGAGACGGAUGUUGAUGAGGAACGCGAACGUGUGAUAUCCUUACUGAAGAACCUACGAAUCGAGGCUACGGUUCUCGUAUUCUGGCUCGCCAAUGGCGAUUUGAAGAUGUACGAGGUCAUUGUCAAUGGCAGGGAUGAUGGCGACCUGGACCAAGCAGCCCGAGACAUUGACUACUCCCUCGAAGACGAACGUUGGUGGCAAGACAUCAAACGUCUUCGGCAACCAACAACUCUGAGCUCAAGUCAAGAAUUCGCACAGGCUACAGACAUUCUUGAAGCCAUCACGCAGUGGCCAACUGCCACCUUUCAGCACGGGAGACGAGAAUCGAGGCCGAAGCGCUUCUCUGCACUACAGAAGAUGCUUCGAAGGGCGAAAGGUCGAGCUUCAGUGGGUGAUCUCAGUGAGGCUGGUGCAACACUCGGACUUCGCAGUCAAAGGCUGUCAGCAGACCUCAUGCUUGGGAGCGACAGCGAUUCCCACGUGUCCUCGGAAUCUGAAGAAGAUGAUGCUGAUGAUGAAGCUGUAGCUUCGGAAAGUGAGGCGGCAAUCAGCGGCAGUAACUUUGACGAGUACGACCUAGAUGCAUCUUCAGACGAGAGUGAUGGACCUAGACGCAAGCGGCCUGGGUCACUCAUGAAGAGAGCGCAAACAACCAUAGCUGGAUCUGGAUCGCCGUUCUUCUCUCGGAAACUGGAUCUCAGAAAAGCUAUGUGGAAAAGCGCACAAGGCUCGCCGAAAAGCGGUUCGAUAGACCCAGAAAGACCAACGGUCGAGUCCGUGACACCCCUCAGGCCACAUCCAGGUGUGAUGGCGUCUGAUACAGUUGUUUCAAAGUCUGGAAGGAGAACAAAGAAGACACGCAGCGUAGCCAGUUCAACAUCGCAGCUGUCUUCAUCGUCGCAUGGCAGGCUUAUCCAGCCACCUCCAAAGAGCGAGAACGCUUCGCCAAAAUUCACCUCCAAUCCGACUCCACGAACAGCAGUUGCAGCACAAGAGGCUCCCGGCCCCUCCAUCAUGUUUGUAGACACCCCUUCCCCAGCAACAAAGAAGAAAGACCCAAUCGCCGACGCCCCGAUGGGUCCAGCGCAGCUCGCAGCCAGCGCUUCACAGCCUGCAACGUCUACGCCAAAUAGCCCCUUGUCCUCCGCGACACCUCUCCCUACCUACACCAGCUCACCCGCAUCUGGCUUCCCUGCGCAACAAGCCAUCCCGCUGUCCUUCAAUGACUUACCGUGCCGUGCCCAACAUUUGAUUCUGAAUGAGCUGAUUCGACAGCAUUCAGAGGACACAGCGGUAGUGUUCACCACGCUACCUAGUCCAGUAGAGGGUACCUGCGACAGCGAGAGCGAGAGUGUAAAGUAUAUCAGUGAUUUGGAGGUGCUGUGCCAGGGUCUGCCGCCAGUCUUGUUAGUGCACUCGAAUAGCAUGACGGUCACUAUGAAUUUGUGA